UGACGCGCGCGUAACACACGAGCACGAGCGGUGGCGGAGCUGCGAGAGGUCUGGAGUUUUCUUUUUUUUUUUUUCGAGGAGGGAGAAACAACGAUGGCGGGGAAGAAAUGACAAGUUUGAAAGUGUGUGUUACACCGGGAACACCGGGAAAAGUCCACCGGCACUCCGGAACAAAGCACCUUUGCUGAAGAUGUCCGCCGCCUGCUUGGUCUGAAACAAUGCCCCGGAGAAAUGGAUUCGUGCGAGUAAGAUAAAACACAUCAGCUACACAUAGCCUACUAAUCCGAAUUGGGAUCCGCGUUUUUCCUCCUUCAGAUCCCAAGGGAACGUGUGUGUGUGUGUGUGUGUGAGAGAGAAAUAUGAUCCGAACCGACGGCAAAGGCGAGAGGACUCUGAGGAGCGCGUCUCCUCACAGAAACGCGUACAAAGCGGACUUCCACGCCAUCAAGUGCUCCUUCGAUGGCACCAAGUCCGACAUCGCGUCCAAGUCCUGUGCUAAUGGCUCCUCCGCCGAGCCCCGUGACGACAUAGCCAGGGGACGAAACUUUGGCAACAGGGUCAACAAGAUCAAGAAUAUCUUCCUACAGAUGGACAGCCAGCAACAGCAGGAGAACCAGGAUGGAAAAGCCACAAUGAAGGCAGACACGCCUCCGAUCUCCUCGCCACCGAAAUUCCCAGUCAGCGGCACGCACAAAACCACCAGCUCGACCAGCUUGGAUCCACAGAGCGACAGGACCCCAAAAGGGGAGGACCCUGAGAUCGACAAAGCGGCCUUGGCGGAGAAGUUUUCUGUGACUAGAAAACUGUUUGAGAAGGGUAUAAAGGAACAGACUACAGUAGAGAGGCAAGCCCCAGGCAGGGCCUCUGGACGCAAUUCCCAGGGUAAUGUGUGUGAAGAAAGGAGAGCAAGCAGGAAAGCUGUAGGAUCAUCUGAAAAUACCAACAAUGGCAUUAUUAAAACAGACUGCAACCCUGCCUCGCCAGAAAGCAAGGAUGCUGAUGACUCGAAGCAGGUCAGUCGAUUAUUAAAUGCAGGACCUAUAUCGAGAAGACUAGAGAGUUUUAUGGCAGAUAGCGAUAAUGAAGAAUCAGCGAGAACAUCAGCUAAAACACCAGAGAAGGUGUGUAGCCCUACAGAAAGGUCAGGACCCGUGUCUCCUGUACAAGACACCGCUCACAAACCAACUUCACCUUUUAAUGAACACUUCCAGAAACCAACCUCCCCCUAUAAUCAUUCGAAACCGGUUCACUCUCCGACUUCACCAACAAGUAACUUGGCAUCAAAAUCUAGCUCGUCAGAGUCUCAAGCAUCUUCUAAGCCCACCUCCCCUACCACAAAAGGCAGUGAUGAGACCUGCGUCCCCACUUCCAGACAUCCGUCCUCAUCAGCUGAUGGUUUUAAUAAAUCUUGCACAGGCACUGAGGAAACCAAACCCACCACUGAUUCUCCUAGAGAUCAAAAGUCUUCAGCUUUUAUCAGCAGUUUUCACAACAGAGUCAAGGGUCCAGAGGUGGCUAAGCGCGAAUCCGUUACGUUGCGGAGUUCAUCUGUAGACACGUUACCUCCUCAGUCCCCGCCGAGCUUGGGUGCUACAGGGGCAGGAAUGGUCCGUGCAGAGCUAGUCAGGGUUCAGAACGAAUCGUCAGAAAGCGAGGAGAAUGAGGAGGACUGUGUAUUUGAAGAGCUGAAGCUCAAAAGGGAGCUCAGUCCUGACGCACAGAGAGGAGGUCUGACCAGAGUAGCUUCAAUUCCAUCGUCUCAAGAUGACCUUCAGAACAUCACAGAGGCCAAGCAACAGGAAAAGGUAGUUUCUCAGGAGGAACAGAGAGCAGAGCUGGUAAAGCAGGAGAGUGACAAACAGUGUGAUGAAGACGAGGAGGAAGAGAGUGAUCAAAGUGAAUGUGGAAAUACGUCACCGGUGUUUUAUAGUUUUGAAAAUGCCGCAUUUGUGGAUGAUAAGGAGACCGGGCCUGCUCCGAAGGAAGAAGAAGAAGAGGAGGAGGAGGAGGAGGAAGAAGAGGAAGAUGAUGAUGAUGAUCAGGACUAUGAGGAGUAUGAAGAAAUUACUGGUCUCUCAGAGGAUGAAGAAUGUUCACCCAAGAGGAAGAUACGCUUCUCUAGCGCCCCAAUACAGGUCUUUACCACAUACUCAAAUGAAGACUAUGAUCGACGCAAUGACGAGGUGGAUCCUGUGGCAGCCUCUGCUGAGUAUGAGCUGGAGAAGCGUGUGGAGAAGAUGGACGUGUUUCCAGUGGAGAUGGAGAAAGGUGAUAAUGGGCUAGGCAUCAGCAUCAUAGGCAUGGGGGUGGGAGCUGAUCAGGGACUGGAAAAACUUGGCAUCUUUGUGAAGACUAUCACAGAAGGAGGAGCAGCUGAGAGAGAUGGCAGGAUCCAGGUGAACGAUCAGAUUGUAGAAGUCGACGGCAUCAGUCUGGUGGGAGUAACACAGCUCUUUGCUGCUACAGUCCUCAAGAACACAAAGGGAACAGUUUGCUUCCUGAUUGGCCGGGAGAAACCGGGGACACAGAGUGAGGUGGCCAGGCUGAUCAGUGAGACGCUGGAGCAGGAAAGACACCAGCAGCAGCAGAGACUGGAGGAUCCAUAUGAACAGUCCACUGAAGAGGACGAACACUAUGAGGAGUACGAAGGAGAAGAGGCUGGGAUUAUAAGUUCGAGUUUUGGCAGGAGGUCCGUGGAGCUGUAUGAUUUGCCAGAGAAUGAAAGGAUGUUCCUGCCAUCAAAUAUGGAUGCCGCUCAGCUCAGCUUCAAAUUUAAAGAGCUCCAGAUAAAACACAGCAUAGCCGAGGCCGAAGUCAAUCAGCUCAAACAAAAGCUGAAGGAGUCUGAGAAGGAGCGAACAGCAUGGCAGGGACGACAGGAGCAGCUGGAGAAAUGUAUAGAGGAGAAUAUGGAAAGAAUCAACUACAUGGAGAAGAACUGGCUGGGUGCUCAGGCUCUCUGCAAAGCUCUUAACGAGCAGCUCACAGACACUCAGAACCAGUUUGAAGCUUCAGACAAGAAAUACAUCAAAGCCAAGAAACUACUCCAGGAGUACCAGCAAAAAGAAUCUGACUUUGUGAAGAGGGAGGAGGAACUGAAGAAGAUUAUGGAGGAGAAAGAAAGCUUUUACAAAGCCCAGCUUGAGAAUUUACAGAAGGAGAUUGAGGCUCUGGAAUCCUGUAAGAAACCUCCGGACUCUACAGCAGAAAACUGCAUUGAACGGUCUGCAGAUUUAGACAAUAAACCUGCAGACUCAGUUCUACUAGAUACUGACUGGAGGGAAGUUGUGCCUGAGACUAAGCUUUUGGACACUAGUGCCCAUCGGGCCAAAGGCCUGCUAGCCCAAAAGUCCAAACGGCAGCCACCUUCUCGCAGUAAACUCCGAGAGAUUAGCAACUCGCCAGCAUGCCUUCCUCAGGCUGAAGAGGAGGAAUCUCAGGGUCCUCCACAUCGUAGGAGGUCACUCCAAGAUAGUCUGUCCCUGCUAGUUCCCAUCUCUCAGCCAGCUAAUGGCCAAAAGGAGGAACAUGGCACUGCCCGGCCUGUGGGCACCUCCAGAAGCACCACAGAGCUCUCAGUCCCUCAGUCUUACACUGGAACCAGUACAGACAGCCCCUCCAUUUCCCCAACAAAAGACUCUUCCUCUGCCAGCUUUCUUCGAAAUGUCAAGAAGAGAGAGUCCAAAGGAAAAGGCAAAGAAUUUAAAGAAGAUCCCAGUGAUGGAGCAGGAAAAUCUAAAAGGCGAUUCCCUGAUUUUGGUGGUCUCAGGAAGUCUGGUGGGAAAGGGAAGAAACACGACAAGAAACAUGACAGAGCGUCAUUGGACAGCAGAGGCUCAGCAGAGCUGCUGGAAGAGUCGGGGCCAAACGUCUCGCCCUCAGAGUCCUUGGCGUCCAUCCCAACUUGCAUGCCUUUCUCUUGGUUCAGUGAUAAGGACAAAGAGAGAGACCGAGAACCUUUGUCUUCUACCAGCAGUCUCCCUCAAACUGCAGCAGAACCCAGUGAACAGCAGGACGGCAAGAACAAGACAAAUCUUUCCUGGUCCUCUCUGUUCAGUCGAUCUUUAGAUUUGAACAUGUCAGUGCUAGAUGAUUCGAAACUGGGCAGUCCGAGUUCAGAGUUAGCAGGGCUAGUGGCAGAGCCCAACCUGUCAGGCCGAUCUCACACUUUAACCUUCUCUUCCAGUGAGACACUGGAUAAUGAGCCUUGCUUGGUGGGGAAAGACUACCAGUGGCAGAAUCGUCCAGUCUCUGAGUGGACAACUCAGCAGGUGUGCCAUUGGAUGAUGGGCAUGAACAUGGACCAGUACACUCCUGAGUUUACUAUGCAGGGUGUUGAUGGAUUGCAGCUGAUGAAUCUGGACAGUGACCGACUAAAAGUGCUUGGAGUCUCUAGCCAAACUGACCGUGCCAUGAUUAAGAAGAAGCUGAAGGACAUGAAAAAAGCCCAAGAGAAACUGGAAAAACAGCGUGAGAAAGAAGCUAGACGAAGUGGGAGACUGCCAAGCAACAAUGACUCUGUCUGCUGAGGCCACCCUAAUCUCUUUCUAGGUCUCUCGCUCUUCCUUCCUCUUUAUUUCUACUUCUCUGAAGCAUUGACGCACACUGGUUUGUGUCAUACAGGCAGCUGACAGCCCUUUGCUGUUUACUUCACCAGUUAUGUGCAGGUGAGACAUGUUAGUGCAGUCAAUAUGGCGAUGUAAAAUCAAUCCAUCAUUUAUUAGUAGGCACUAAUGUGCAGCGCAGGUGUAUAUAAAUAUUAUCUAUGUCUCUUGCCUGACCCUAAUGCAAAGAAGUAUCGUUCAUACCAGAAAAUAGCAGAUUUAAGAGUUACCACGCUGUCCAAUUCUAUGCCUGAUUCCUUAAACCUAAAGGGCUCCAUGUACAACUCUUGCCAAGUGUUAGACAAUUUCCUAAACAGGACUCUUAAAACAUACUGACAAGACUGAGACCUAUCUAGGGCCAUGUUACAUUGGUUAGAGAAAUGUUUUACAGCCAGUGUGGACCAUCUAGAUGAUUGUGAAUUCUCUGUGCUAGCUUUAGCAGACCAAACAGAUUUUAUUAUAUUUUAUGUGCACGACAAAAGAAUAUUUCUUGACAAGAUGUUCGCAUACAAAUGCCUCUAAUUUUGGAACGAAUAUGUUUUUAAAACAUCUUUCUAUCUAUUUUAAUAGUACAACUGUCUCCUGUCCCCCUGUAUAAACCUUUGCUGGAAUAUUGUACAGUCCUUGAGUGAAAGCACUACAUUUGUCUUUUAAGAGGCAAAUGGUGACAUGGUUUUUAAAUGUACAAAUGAAAUAUUUUAUACACAUUUGUUAACUUCAGAAGAAAAAACAUUAUUGAUUAAACUUUUGGACACAUUUUCUACUGAGUAGAAUAGCUCAUAGUGGAAGACCAUUUUGCAAUUUCUAAAGAGCGAAAAGUGAAAUUAUUUUGGUGUUGUUGCAGUUUGUUUGACUACGGUUGUUAUGGUAAUACUCUUGACCAUCUCAAGAUCUUAAAGGCUACCACUAAUUUAGUUUCGAAUUAGUGAAAAGACUUCAAAUUACAGCUGAUUUAAAUUUUUUAUAUAUAUAUAUAUAUAUAUAUAUAUAUAUAUAUAUAUAUAUAUAUAUAUAUAUAUAUAUAUAUAUAUAUAUAUAUAUAUAUAUAUAUAUAUAUAUAAUAAAAAAAAUUGGAGAAUGUUAAAAGUUGAUGUACUGUGAUCAUUAAUGUUCGCUAUUUGUUUGCAUCUCCUCUCUUAAUCCCACCUGCUAUAAUUCCUCCUGAAUGUUAUACAAUUGGCCAAGCCCUAGUAGUUACUGUAUAAAUGGAUUUUAAUUAUUUCAAUACAGGACCAUGAGGAAAGCCUAAUAUCCAGUUAUUUCUCUGGUACGAGUGUACAAGCUGCACCAAUAAAUUUAUUUUCACGUU